AUGCUUGUUAACGACAUGGGCGGGCAUGGUAGAGCUCUGGAGGCACUUGAGAUAGCCAUCAAAGAAUUCUCAAAAUUGGGACUGGUUCAGUUUAUGAAUGAUGAGGGAGAAACCGAUCAAGGACGGUUUGCCUUGUCCUUACAUAUGGAUUUGGAUAAUGGUGAACAAGUCAGAUGA